AACGGUAAACAAGGAGGAAACUUGUCAGAACUCUCUGGUGUUGUCUCGUUUCUGUUCUGAACUCAUAAUGAUAUGAAGACUCUGACAUAGAGGAAGUAUUUGAGAAGCUCUUCACUGACCGGAUCCGGCAUUUAGAGACUUUCACUCAUCCGAGCUAACGAGGGACAAUCAGAUUCUCUGUGGGACGGACCAGUGAACAGCAGAAGACAAGAAGAGGACAAGCAGUGUUGGAUCUAACGAAGCUUGGUCCUGAAGAAGCAUGGAACUGUCACUGGCUCACCCGGCUCUCAAAGCCUUCAUGUGCGGCUCGGUCAGCGGGACCUGCUCCACGCUGCUGUUCCAGCCUCUCGACCUGAUCAAGACCCGUCUGCAGACGCUGCAGAGCGGCGUGCAGCCCGGGUCGGGCCGGGUGGGGAUGGUGACGGUGCUUCUGAGCGUGGUGCGGACAGAGAAGCUGCUGGGACUGUGGAAAGGAAUCUCACCGUCCUUUGUCCGGACCAUCCCGGGCGUGGGGAUCUACUUCAGCACCUUCUACUCUCUGAAGCAGCACUUCCUCCAGGACGGCAACCCGGGGGCCACGCAGGCCAUGCUGCUGGGGGGCGGGGCCCGGGCGGUGGCGGGGGUCUUCAUGCUGCCGGUCACUGUCAUCAAGACACGAUUUGAAUGUGGCAGGUACGGGUACAGCAGUGUGGUGGGGGCUUUGCGCAGUGUGUGUCGGACUGAGGGUCCUGCCUCUCUGUUCUCCGGCCUCAUGGCGACUCUCCUCAGAGACGUUCCCUUCUCCGGUAUCUACGUCAUGUUCUACAGCCAGGCCAAGGCCUCGCUGCCAAGAGAAAUCAGCACGUCUCCGUCGGCCCCCCUCGCGAACUUCAGCUGUGGGAUCCUGGCGGGCGUGUUGGCCUCUCUGAUCACUCAGCCGGCCGACGUGGUCAAAACCCAGGUGCAGGUGAACCCACAGCUGAGGACGGCCGAGGCUGUGAGAUGCAUCUACAUGGAACAUGGCGUCCAGGGCUUCUUCAGGGGGGCAGUUCCUCGGGCACUGAGGAGAACCAUGGUGGCCGCCAUGGCGUGGACGGUGUAUGAGAAGAUGAUGAACCACGUCGGACUGAAGUCCUGAAGGGGAACGUGGACGAGUGAAGAGACAGAAGAGAAUCAAGUCAAGUCGCUGAAUGAGGACGGUGAAUGUGUGAAGAGGAAGGAACUGUGUGGAGACGCUGACUCGUCGGAAUGAGCGGCGUGCACGUUGCCACAGAGCUGUGGAGAUUUAUAUAUGAAGUGUGUCACUGGGUUGCGGCUGAAGUUCAGGAGUCCAACUUCCUGCCUGUGCAAAGUAACUUUGGAGAAACUGACACUGAUUAUAUUUUUUAAUCACACAACAAGUUUUUAAUCUCAGUUCUGGAGACGCAGUGGAACUUUCCUGUAUCUGUUGAUUUCAAGAAGACGUCAGUGAUGAUACAGCUCAGACAUCUGCGAUGCACUUUAACCUCGGCCGUUCUUUCAGGGAACAGUCUAACACCUGGAGAGACUGGUAAAGCCUUUCUAAUAACACAGUGUAAUUUUUAUGUUCUUAUAUUUUAAUGUGCAAUUGAAUAUGUGCUUCUAAUCUGCCUUAAAGUACAACAUGUUUUAGUAUUUUAUCUUUAAAACAAACAGGACUCUGUCAGUGUGUUGAAUGACUCAGCAUCUAAAGAGAUGAGAUGGAAACAUACUGCUGUCAGAACGUAACGGCCAAAGACUCGUCACUGUGGAGCAAGGAAAAGCUGUGGGGGGGGGGGGUGACCAGGCAUCAAAUAGUGAAUAAGUACAAGGUGGAGUGGAGGAGGGUCAGGCUGAAGUUAGAAAAUAAAAUAUUUCUAGUGUCUAUCUGCUGGAAAUGGUUAAUUAUUGAUUGAUGACAUGAAAAAUGCAUACAAUCUGUGUUUACUAAACUUUAUAAAUGAACUAUGACUUUUUUUA